AUGGAGCUUCGUGAAGUUAAUUUUAAUACGCUGGGGGUUCGCGGCAAGACAGGGCCUCCCAUGGCCACAUAUGUAAGUCCACCACGCCCAAAUAAACAAAAUCAAGUUGGUCUUUCCUCAAUAACAACAAGAACAAACGCCAGCACUACCACUACCACUACUACUACGACUGCAGCCAUUCAAACAAAUGCGGAAAUGUAUCCACCUACUGGAUCCUAUGCAUUCCCAUCAACACAAGAUCCUCAACGCAUGAUGGAAUUGGCAGAGGCGAAUUACGCACAGUGCCCAUGUGCGACUUGCGCGCAGUAUCGUGCUUAUUACGCCAUGCAGGUCUCUGCCACCGACGCCUAUGCACAAGAUUCAUACCUUCCACAAUCACAAUCACAACAACAACAACAACCAUCAGCGGUAGUUGUAAGCACCACGACGAGACGUAAUAAUAUUACACCUGUGAUGACAUUAGGAGGACAUCGUUCUGUUGCCCCAUCAACAAAUGGUGUUGGUUAUCCUCAUAAUAAUAAUAAUAAUAAUAAUAAUAAUAAUAAUAAUAAUAAUCAUCAUCAUAAUUAUCCUUCUUCCGCCACCUUACCAACACCACAGAUGUUCUCUUCUACGAUGAAGUAUGGUGAACCUGUGGUGGCUCCCCCGGUGGCCACACACACGGCGGCACUUCCUUUAGACACAGCAGAGGAGUUUGAACGCAAAUGUGUGGGACGCGUUGCCGAGUUGGCGUGCACGGCAGAAGGCCGAUCUAUGUUAAUGGCCGCCAUGCGCUCGCAGGACACAAUGGUGAUUGACACCAUGGUAACUGAAAUAGCGGCGGAGGUGGAAAAGGUCGCACUGGACACACACGGCUGUCAUGUCCUGCGAGCACUGAAGGAAUAUAUGAAUGCGGCACAAACGGCGCUGUUGGUGUCGGCCUUUAAUGAGACACUUGUGUUAAAUCUCUGUACCGUCUCUCAACACACACGUCGUAUUCUUCAAGCCUUAUUUGAACGACCGUUAAUUGAUUUACAACCCAUUGUGGAUGUAUUGGCGGCGAAUGCCCAAUAUCUUGCGGCUACGCAGCAAGGUUGUAUUUCACUCAUGCGUAUCUUUGAACACUGCGAUGCCGCACAAAAGGCUCAAUUGAUGGCGCCACUCGUUCCUCUCUUUGCACACAUCGCAUUGGAUCCCUUUGGGAAUUACGUUGUGCAGUGUGCGAUUGAGCAUAGUGGGAAGACCACAGCCGCUCAAUACACCGUCUCCUGCUUUACAGGGGAAUUAUUAAAUAUGAGUUGCAAUAAGUAUGCAAGUAAUGCGGUGGAAAAGAUUAUUAAAAUCUGCGGGGAUGUGCCUGCGGUGCGACGAUUAUUAUUAGAUGAACUCAUCUACAAUCCCGCGGCAUUACUACAAAUGGUACAGGAUAGUUUUGGAAACUUUGUGGUACAGAGUAUUAUUGAACAUAUGGAAAAUCCAAAUGAACUGAAACGUAUUUGUGAUCGUCUGCGUCCGGCACUUCCAAGCAGUCCAUAUGCGGCGAAGAUUGAGGCGAAGUUGCGGACUAAAAAUAUGUCAACACAACAACCACAACUACCACUGCAAUCACAACAACAACAAUCUCCACAACCACAACCGCAUAAUAAUAAUCAUAUGAAUAAUCAUCAUCGACAGCAUAUCCCACGCCAGGGUUCAAAUCGCCGGUUAGUCCCUCCAUUAUCACAACAGGGAGGGUCUGUGAAUAUCUUUUAG